UUGGCAGUGUGUCUCCGAAAGGAAACAAAGGAUUCCGCUCCUCGUUUUACUGUUAUCCUUGUGGUAGCAGCUUGAAAUUCAAACAGACCCUUUUGGUCAUGCCAAGAACUGGAGCAUUUUCCUGCACCACUGACUGCGGGAGCGCACACAUCUAUUUUUGACUUCAAGAAAAGACGUAAAUCUACUUAACCUCUAUCUACAUUUAUCGCUCCGAUGAGCUCAGGUUUGUGUUUCAGAGAGGGCUCUGAUUUUCCCCUUAUAAUCUUCUUUAAGGUGAAAAGUUGCAGUGAGGUCAUGCCGGGGCUUGUUUGAAGUCCCCCCUCCCUUUUUUUCUAACUCGGUCUCUGGCUUUUUCAAGUCAGAGGUGAUGGAUUACGCUUGCUUUUGGAAUGUGGCCCAGAGGUGAAUACUGUAACUGAGGGUUGUCGAGAAACCAUGCUGCAGAUGUGAUUUCUUUAGGUAAACUAACGCUGGUUGCCGUUUAUCCUGAAUGGGACUCCAGGAGAAGGUGCGACCUCCUGGGAUGAGAGGAGAGGCUGAGCUGGCAGUUGCAAAGAACGUGAGAGAAAACGAGGGCCAUGCAAAGCAAGAGGCGGAUCCGAGGGAGGACCGUCAAGAGAGCCCGGGGCAGAGGAGGAGUGCAGCUGGAACGCUCUACAGACGGCCGUACCUGAACAGCACAAGCUUGCAAGGGAGCGGGGGGUGGAAGAAAGGGGACGUACUAAGAAUGAGGACGGACCGGUUGCCUUCUUUUCUCUGUGUGCAACAGUCGUCUCCGAAGGACUUACACUUGACUGGGGAAGAAACGUGGGUCAAAGAAGUUGAAGUCUGCCACAUUCCUGUUGAGGAAAUAAGCUGUGAUGAUAUCAACGCAACACAAGAGAAUGCGACGCAACCUCAUGAGGUGGUCUUGCGAAGGCCUGCACAUGGGCUUUGGCUCCUGGGCGGUCGAAGGGCGCUGAGCAUGUUUGUCUUCCCGGAUGACCGUCGUACACAGCAAGGCACGACGAACAACCACCAAGAAAGGUUUAGUAGACCCCACAGUGUUUGCAUGUUAGCGGCUGCCAACUCUUGCAGUCUUUCACCGCCUGCCUCUUUCCCCAACAGUCAAGGUUGUCCCGAUGUCUUCCAGCGGUGUAGGACAAGACGUGCCGAACUGCGUGCGAUAGACGGCCUCAAACCCGACAUGCCUCCUUCUUUUAACCUUCUUCCUCAUACACAAGAAGAGCCUCCAAUCCGUCUGAGCUUGAAAAGCAGGGGCAAACCACGGCCUGUUAGCAUGACUGUUCUCGAGCUCAAAGAGCACAGGGAAGAACUCACGAGCCAUACUUCCACUUCUAGCUUGCCACGUCCAGGCUUCCGCUGGAGAUGGUUUGGACGUCCGACACAAGUAAAGGACGAGAUGGCGGUGCAAACAUCGGUGAGGCAAAAGGAACCUGUUGUCAGCAAGGCUGAGGCACCGAAGACAACGUUUGGGUCAUUGCGACGGAGCUUGAGCCUUCGGAUAAGGCGCAAUCGGAACCAACCGGAGCAGGAGGAUAGAACCGGACGAAGACGCACUUCAAGUAUCGGAGAAAAAUCGAUACAAUCCGCUCACCCGUUCUCUUACUUGACUGGUAGGACGUUAGCUCCAACGCAUGAGCAAGAUGAAGAGCAAGGAGCCACACAGUACAUUCAGUACCAAACUCGGGGAAAGGUAUCGGUCAUGGAGGUCCCACUCCGUCCUGCCAAACUCACCCAGCCCACCAAACAAACUCAGUCAGAACCAAGUUUUUGGCAACUAAUUGCUAAUCGUUUUAGGAGGAAGGAGCCGUUGUUCGGCAACAGAUCUGAGGUUUGCUCUGAGAGCCAAACGGUUGGCAGCCACCCCCCUGUGAGGAAUAAAAAGCCAGAUUCAGUUGCUAUAGAGACCCUACCUGGCACUGGCUUUCACAAAGGUCAAGACUCCUUCGUCAACAGUCAGGAAUGGACAUUGAGUCGAUCAGUACCAGAGCUCAAAGUGGGCAUCGUGGGAAACCUGUCCAGCGGGAAGUCGGCAUUAGUUCACCGGUAUCUGACAGGAACAUAUGUCCAGGAGGAGUCGCCUGAAGGAGGACGGUUUAAAAAGGAGAUCGUGGUGGACGGACAGAGUUAUCUUCUGCUGAUCAGAGAUGAAGGUGGACCACCAGAACUACAGUUUGCUGCCUGGGUGGACGCUGUGGUGUUUGUCUUCAGUUUGGAGGAUGAGAUCAGCUUCCAGACGGUUUAUAACUACUUCCUGCGUCUUUCCAGCUACAGGAACGCGGCGGAGGUUCCCAUGGUGCUGGUGGGGACGCAGGACGCCAUCAGUGCCGCAAACCCCAGAGUGAUCGAUGAUGCCCGGGCUCGAAAACUGUCCAACGACCUGAAGCGCUCCACGUACUACGAGACCUGCUCCACCUACGGCCUUAAUGUAGAGAGAGUCUUUCAAGACGUUGCUCAAAAGGUUGUGGCCCUGAGGAAAAAACAGCAGCUCUCGAUUGGUCCUUGCAAAUCUUUGCCCAAUUCCCCCAGCCACUCAUCUGUGCCGGCCGCGUCCAUCCCCUCUGUCCACAUCAAUCAGGCUGCUAACGGGGGAGGCGCGUUCAGCGAUUACUCCUCCUCCGUUCCGUCCACCCCCAGCAUAAGCCAGAGAGAGAUGCGCAUCGAGACGGUGGCCGCCUCCAACACUCCCACGCCCAUCCGCAAGCAGUCCAAACGGCGCUCCAACAUCUUCACAUCGAGGAAAGCCAGCGAUCAGACAAAGAGCAAUGAGAGUAAAACUGACAGUAUAGGCAGUGGAAGGGCCAUUCCCAUCAAACAGGGAAUUUUGUUAAAACGGAGUGGGAAGUCUCUCAAUAAGGAGUGGAAGAAGAAAUAUGUCACAUUGUGUGACAACGGCCUGCUCACGUACCACCCCAGUUUACAUGAUUACAUGCAGAAUAUCCACGGAAAGGAAAUCGAUUUGCUGCGGACGACGGUGAAGGUACCCGGGAAACGUCCUCCCAGAGCGGUGGCUACAGUCGCCCCCACAGCCAGCCCGAAAACCAACGGACUGACCAAAGACCGAAGCACCUUACAGCUUGGUAUUGGGGCAACAAGCACACCUCACUCAAACAGCAGCAGUUCUCUGCAGUCGGGCGGCUCGGCGGCUGCGGUGGCUCUGGGGAACAGUAAGGAGGGGAUGCACCAGAGAUCUUUCUCCGUGUCCAGCGCUGAACAAUGGAAUGAAGCCGUUAUCAAUACCUCCGCAGCCAAUGGCAUGGCAGAUCCUCUAAGCUCCACCCCUGGCAUGAGCAGCACCACAAGUCCCAAACUCGAGCCACCGCCGUCACCUCAUGCCAACCGCAAGAAACACCGACGAAAAAAGAGCACGGGUAUCACCAAACCAGACGGGUUUUCUGUGGGAAGCGAAGAGCAAGAAGAGUCUUUCGAGUUCAUUAUCGUGUCUCUGACCGGUCAGAUGUGGCAUUUUGAGGUAUCCACGUAUGAAGAACGAGAGCUUUGGGUGCAGGCCAUCGAGAGCCAGAUAUUUGCCAGUCUGCAGUCCUGUGAGAGCAGCAAGAACAAGUCUCGGUUGGGAAGCCAGAGUGACGCAUUAACCAUCCAGUCCAUCAGGAACGUGAGAGGAAACAGCUUCUGUGCAGAUUGUGACGCCCCAAAUCCGGAUUGGGCCAGUCUGAAUCUCGGCGCUCUGAUCUGUAUCGAGUGCUCCGGGAUGCACAGGAACCUGGGAACCCAUCUUUCCCGUGUGCGGUCUCUUGAUUUGGACGACUGGCCGGUGGAACUCAGCAUGGUGAUGAUGGCCAUUGGUAAUGCCAUGGCCAACAGCGUGUGGGAGGGUUGUGUGGAGGGCUACAGCAAACCUGGAGUGGACAGCACACGGGAGGAGAAGGAACGCUGGAUCCGAGCUAAAUACGAGCAGAAAUUGUUCCUGGUGGGGCUCCCGCAGUCGGACGUGCCGUUGGGACAGCAGCUGCUCAGGGCGGUGGUGGAGGAUGACCUGAGGAUGGUGGUUCUCCUGCUCGCCCACGGCACCAAGGAAGAGGUCAACGAGACGUACGGUGACGGAGAUGGACGCACAGCCUUGCAUCUGUCCUGCGCCAUGGCGAACGUGGUGAUCACGCAGCUUCUCAUCUGGUACGGUGUGAACGUCAACAGCUGCGACGCACGCGGUCAGACGCCUCUGUCCUACGCCCUGCAGGCGGAAAGCCAAGAAUGCGCCGACAUCCUCAUCCAGCACGGCUGCCCGGGCGACGCUGCCGUUCUGUCCACGGCCACCCGACACAACCCCAACGUCAACAACAACGCUCAGUCCGCGCUCAACCGUAGCGUUAGCAUCAUGUGAUCCCCUCUGAAAGUUGUCUGCGCCCACCCUGAUGCUCCGCCCGUAGUGCCCUGUACCCGAGCCUUCACGCGUCUCAGUGAAUUUGAUGUUCGCUCUCUUUAAAUGGCAUCAACGUUCCCAUCAGUAUGUUGCAGAUCCAAUAUUAGCAUUAUUAGAAAUACAUGUAAACAUAUGUGUCAUGUAAACCCGUUUCCCCACUACAAGGGACAGUUCACCUAAAAUCAUUUCUUCACCCUCACGUCUUUCAAAAUCUGUCUCUACUGUAGAACACAAAAGAAGAUAUUCUGAGAGAUGUUUAAGUGGUUUUGUCAUGAAGUCAUACAGGUUUGACAUGACAGGAGGGUGAAGAAAUGAUGAAGUAGACUAUCCCUUUAAAACGCAACAAGCAGUAUUGACAUUGACGCUCAAUGAGUUGUAAGUUGUUUUUAAAGUAAACGUACUUUUUAAAGACCUUGGGUGUGUUUAACAAAAAGGAAAUGUUUGGACAGAACGGAACAUUUAAUCAAAACUGUUCAAAUUUUAAGGUGCAUCAGUUUAGGAAAAUACUGAUGACGGUUAUGGAUUCUUGGAGUUCGGCCAUUUUAGUUAGCAUUUUAACACAUCAACCACCUAAAUCUUUAUAAACGAUGAUUUUCCAUUCAUGAGAAAAGCUGAACAACAAAUGAGUUUUCAGUUCGGGUUCAAACAUUUAACAAUCGUGUCCGAGGAUGAAGCUCAAGGUUUCUAGCCGUUUAGAAACACAUGACACUGUGGGGCGGCUUCCUGGACAAGGAUUAGAUUUAAAGUUAAAUUAGCAGUUUUUAAACAAACAAAAAAACAUUACUGAUGUGCAUUUUGAGACAAAACAACGACACUGAUGAAUUUGAAGAGAUGUCAGUGCGCAAGCUGUUCUCAGUGUAGACGGCUCUAACAUGUAUUUUAGUCUUAGCCCUGUACGGGAAACCGCCCCUAAGACUGCUGGGGAAAACAUCCCCAUCUGUAUGACAAAAGACAAAUCGCCACACUUAUUUCUAUUCUACAUUUACUGACCUUACCGAUACUGUGCUACUGUAGAUGCCUUGUGCGAGUCCUUUCUGGGCCCGUCCGGUCUCUUUACCGUACGACACUGAUCUCCUGCCGUUCGGUGCAUUGGACAGAACCCACGUUCUUGCUGUGAACUUUUGUGAGCGUGUGUUUUUGUCAUUAGUGUGAUAACCUCCUCCGAUUGCGAGCGUGUCUGUUUUGUCUCCAUCAGAAUCCAGAUGAUAACUCUCGUGUGAUCUAAUGGGAUGGAUGAUGUGGAUCGUGUACAGAUGUGUGUUUAAAAUAGCUUUCGUCGACCUUUUGCAGCUAGCUGUGUGUAGUGUGGCCAGUUCAUGGAUAAAGUGACCAUUAUACCCAUGUGAAACCCUGACAGCCUUAACCCUUGUUUGCUUGUGUGUAAGCGUUUAGGAUCGGUGAGAAUAAGCCGAGUGUUCUCCUCUCCUUACUUGAAACAUAAAUUAGACCUUGAUGAAUAUUUUACGCUUGUUAAAGUUAAGCGGGAGCAGAACAGUAUGUUAUGUUUACAUACGUUUCACUUUAAAGCAGGUACGAUUUCCUACUCGAGUUGGAUUUGUACGUGCAGCCCCUUUCUAACAAGCUUUGGGAAAAAUGAAAUUGAAAUGUGAGAAUGUGAUAUUUUGUUUGUAACAUCUACAGAAUGGUUUUUAAAGUCUGCAAUGCGAUAUUUCAUUGUAUUUUAAAAUGUUGGACGGUACGUGGACUUGAUGUCACACGACAUGCACGUAGCCUACAUUUUUCCACUUGGGGGUCCGCCAAACUAAAUGGCUUUCCAUAAAACAUUAUGGAGUUUGAUCUUGAGUGAAGAUGGGUUUUUUUUUUUUUUGAUGAUGACACGAGGUUGCUUGUUGUGCUGGGAGGUUAAAAUGAUCAAGGCGUUAGAAUGAUAACGUGCGUAAGUAGCCAGAAAAAGCACCAUUUUAACCUUUUUUUAACUAAGUUGUUUUGGUACCUGAUUUUGGGUCUCAAUGUGUGCACAUUGUCUGGCCAUUAAGGUAUUUUGUGUAUUAUAUGUACAUUUGACAUAUUUAUAAAAGCAAGAUGUAAAUAAUUCUUUUGUUGUUGCUUUUAUUGAGCAGUUUGAUAACGACUUUCUUUUGUUCUUUUAAUUUGCCAUUGUUUUCUAAUGCUCCUCUGAAAGUGAUGGAGCGGUUUAAUGGGAGUUAUCUGUUGUGUGAUUGGAUGCUUGGCUGCCUAUUGACAUUAUAAACACUCCAAUAAAAUGAUUUAUACCAUGA